AGGAAUGAAGUCAGGAAUCAAAGUAGGUUUGGAGAGUUUUAUUGGAUGGAGGAAUAGCUCCUGAAUUUCCAGGGUUUCUAGUAGAUGGCCACUGAGGCUCUUUGUCAAGGGCACUUUCUACAGCAAGAUCACAACUCAGUACAACACAGGUCAGACUGCAAUCAACCUAUGCAAGUACAAGUAUAGUUGCUUAAUUAACACUGACCCAAAAGGCAAGUAAGGCACGUACCAAGGGUAUAUAGUGAGCAUCAUUCAUCACUUUAGCUUACCUCUAAUAUCUAAAGGUAUGGCAGUAUAUAUUCUAGUCACCCAGCUAUAUGUUUGAUGUCUAUAUAGGCUCCCUGGACCAGGUGGUGCUAAUUACACUAUAGGGUCACCUCAAGCUGCUGUUUAUUUUUUAGGCAGGCUUGCAAUCCCGGCUAUUUCAUCUGGAUCUUGAGGUCUGGUGCUCUUCAGAUUUGCCUCCAACUCUCUGACAGCUUAUUAAUUUCUCACUUAGUUGUCUAUAAUACUUUGACUUUUUUUUUUUUUUGGUACAGGGAAUCGAACUCAGGACCUUGCACUUGCCAGGCAGGCGCUUGUGCCGCUGAACUAUACCCCUAGCUCCCUUGACUUUAAAUUAUAUCUCAAAUGCAACCACUUUUCAUGAUUCUUGUAAAAGUUAAGGCGGACCACCUUACUCUUCCAAGGGACUCCUUAUUUGGAAAGAAUUCUAGGUCUUGGAGGGCUACCUCUUCUGACACCCCACUACUUCCUGCCAUUUUUUUCUUAGUCCUUUCAUUUUAGCCACACUGGCCUCCUGAUCAGCAAUUGCUGCUGCCCAUCCCACUCAUAAACAGCAGCUAGAGUGAUUUUUUUUAUCUUAAAGACAUAGCCUAUCAGUUUUUCAACAAUAUGCCAUUUUUCUUAGAAUAUAAUCUAACAGGACACAGCUCCUGACAACCUCCCAGAAUCCUUUUCACGCACGGGGACCCCAGUGCCUCCAGAGCUCCUCUAAGUGGUUCAUUCCGAGAGGGUGUGUCCUCUAAUCUCUAUCACUUUUAAGAAAUACUCCCUGGUUCCUCUUAUCUUUCUACAGCACUUUAUUUUCCUUCAUGGUACAUCUCAUUACCAGUGUGGCAUACAUUUGCUUGCUUCUGUCUUGCCCUAUACAAUGUGAGCCUUUUUUUUUUAAGGGGGUACAGCUGUUGCUGUUGUCCCCGCCGGCCCUAACUUUUAGGUAUAAGUUACCUCCCGCCUCAGCGUCCGGUUGUAAAGCGUUUCUUCUCUUCGCUGUCCCAUGCCAACCCCACCACACAGCAGAAAAUUAGUACACACUCGCAGGGAAGCUAGAACCACCUCCUGAAACUAGCCAGCAGUUUCCCACGAUGCUCUGGGUAAGAGGUAAGCGGUAAACUGCAUCUGCGCGUGCGCGGCACGAGGGGCAUCAUGGGUAGCUCCCUUCCGGACUACGACUCCCAAGGGGCUGCGGGGCGCUCGCCCGCUUGCCGGCCGGCCGCCAGGUCGCGCUGGAGCUAGAAGAUGGCGGACGUAGCCGUGGGCAAGGACAAAUGCGGCGAGCAGCGGCUCGUGUCGCUGCCCCUGUCCCGUAUCCGGGUCAUCAUGAAGAGUUCCCCCGAAGUGUCCAGCAUCAACCAAGAGGCGCUGGUGCUCACGGCCAAGGCCACGAUGCGGAAGCGGCCUGGAAGGUGCCGGGCCCUCCCAUUCUCCGCCCACCAGACUUGCUCACCUCGAGUCGGGAACAACCCAACCUCUAGCCAGAAUUGCAGACUCCAGAGAGCUGAUUUUUACUCUACCUGCCCCUCUCCUGGGGCAAAAUAUUUAUAUUUUCUUCUGAGCUCUUUGUUCAGUAUCUAGCCACCUAUUCCUACAGACAUGGCAGUGGAAAAGAAAGGAAAGCAUUGACUUACAGUGAUUU